UCCAAUUUUACAACAUAGUCUCCUCCACGUUUGGAAACUAGACAUCAGAACACUUGAAAAAGUGCAGCAGUCGCACAUGUCCUCUCUCCAUCACUAUAAAUACGCUCUGCUUCCGUUUCCCUCUAUUAUCUCUUUCGCCCCCAUUUCUCUCUCUCCAUAGAAAAUCUCCGAAACAGAAGAUACUUCUAAGUAUCUCCAACCGACAAGAAAGUUCAGAAAUGGCGGAGAAAGGAGAAGAGCGUGAUACUGGUAGUUCCGGCGGCAAAAAUCACGGACAAGGAGGAGAAGCAGCAGCAGAAGGAGGAGGAGGAGGAGGAGGAGGAGUAACUUCGCCGGUUCGCCGAGUUCUAAUCAUCUCCGCCGGAGCAAGUCAUUCCGUUGCUCUCUUAUCUGGAAAUGUAAUCUGUUCAUGGGGGAGGGGAGAGGAUGGCCAACUGGGACAUGGAGAUGCUGAAGAUCGAUUUUCGCCAACUCAAUUGAGUGCACUGGAUGGACUUGAGAUAGUAUCUGUUAAUUGUGGAGCUGAUCAUACUACUGCAUACUCGGAGUUACGUAUGGAAGUGUACAGUUGGGGAUGGGGUGAUUUUGGGAGGUUGGGUCAUGGAAACUCUAGUGACUUGUUUACUCCUCAGCCAAUAAAGGCAUUACAUGGUCUAAAAAUCAAGCAAAUUGCUUGUGGGGACAGCCAUUGUUUGGCAGUGACCAUGGAAGGCGAGGUGCAGAGUUGGGGUCGGAAUCAAAAUGGUCAGUUGGGCCUUGGCACAACAGAGGACUCUCUUGUGCCACAGAAGAUUGGAGCUUUCCAGGGAGUACCUGUGAGGAUGGUUGCUGCUGGGGCAGAACACACUGCUGCUGUAACAGAAGAUGGUGAACUUUAUGGUUGGGGCUGGGGUUGUUAUGGUAACUUGGGUCUAGGUGACAGAAAUGACCGCUUAAUUCCUGCAAAAGUUUCAGCUGUUGAGGGUGACAAGAUGAUUCUAGUUGCUUGUGGAUGGCGACACACAAUAUCCGUCUCCUCUUCUGGUGAUUUAUAUACGUACGGCUGGAGUAAAUAUGGUCAACUAGGCCAUGGAGAUUUUGAAGACCACCUUGUACCGCAUAAGUUGAAUGCUCUUAGCAAGAGUUUUAUUUCUCAGAUAUCUGGUGGAUGGAGACAUACAAUGGCAUUGACAGCUGAUGGCAAACUUUAUGGUUGGGGAUGGAAUAAGUUUGGACAAGUUGGUGUAGGUGACAACAUAGAUCAUUGCUCUCCUGUGCAAGUUAGAUUUCCACUUGAUCAGAAAGUAGUUCAGAUAUCUUGUGGUUGGAGACACACUCUUGCUGUUACUGAAAGGCAAAAUGUCUUUUCUUGGGGAAGAGGCACAAAUGGACAACUUGGGCAUGGGGAGUCUGCUGACCGCAAUGUUCCCAAGAUCAUAGAGGCUUUGAGUGUCGACGGAUCCAGUGGACAAGUGAUAGAGAGCUCAAAAGUUGAUCCAUCCUCAGAGAAAUUGUCGGUCUCACCCACUGAUAGAUAUGCAGUUGUCCCUGAUGAUAAUGUGUCUGUAGGUUAAUGCAUCUAUUUUUCUGCAGCAGGGUGUCUGUGUACGCGUGCCCGUAGAGUCAGACAAGCACAUUACUAAGUGGCAAUGGGAGUGAUGUAAAUGUCCCUGAAACUGAUGUGAAAAGGAUUAAAAUGUGAGCUUGUCUUCUCUCCAGCAUUUGCUCUGGACUUAUCAGCAUGGACUUUUCCAUCUUUGGAGAACUCAGGUGCUGUUCUUUUGGUCCAUAAAGUAUUUGACUCCUAUAGGCAUUUUGUUUGGUUUAAGCUACCAAUGAUGUGUUUGGUUAUCUGUGUGGCUCACUGUUUACCAUAUGUGUAAGGUUUGAUGAAAUUUGUAUCUACAAGAAACAAGAAGGGAUUCACAUGGCUUGCAUAUCCUUCCUUAGGUACAAAAGAUUGAGUGUUUUACAUCUCCCUAUUUCGUCUUGGUUGUAUGCUUGAUUGGUGUUUAUGUCUCCUUAAUAUGUAAGAAGCAGGUGGGAAAAGACUUGUCAAUUAUCAUAUCUGAUAGUUUUAUACAUCCAGUUCCCUUCUCAUCA